CUCGGGGGCAAGUCUCAAAGUGUCUGUUCCUGAAGAGUCGCACCCCAUGGAUUUCCACAUUCGCACGGUCUAUUAGUUGUGUUGGGGCUGGGCCGUUACUUUCCUGCGUUUAAACCCGAAAUCACAGGCGUGCCAUGAGUCGAUCAAUUAGAAUUACGCAAUUUGUAGAGGUGUUCUUUUGGAUGAGAAGCAUCAAAUUUAUGUAGCUUGCUGCGUUUUUCAGGGGCAGGGGCGGGUUUAUGUUACUUCUACAAAGUUAGCUGAGGCUCUGUCCACGGUCAUAACGGAGACAGCCGCGAGCUCGUCGCAUUGCCAAUGAUCCAUCGGUGUGAGGAGAAAUUAACCACAGUUGAACUUUGCUGAAGUACAAUUAGUAAAAUACUAUUGUUGGCUAAACCAUUUGUUCCAUUCAUUAUCCUGAGGGGACUCAACUAGUCUACAAAGAAUGGAUGCAACAAACCAAACAUUUGAUCCUCGCUGCAGGCAGCAGCCUCCACUCGCCAUCGACAUCAUCUUAAAUCUAGACAUUUUUGGGAUCAUCCUUUACUCUGUGCUCACGUUCAUGGCUGCCGUGUCCAUGCUGGUGUACCUCGAGGAGUGUGUGUACAUCUACAAGAAGGUGCCGGCCAAUAAGAAGAGCAUCAUCAUCUGGGUCAACGGCGCCGCUCCGAUAAUUGCCACCAUGUCCUGUUUGGGCAUGUGGAUACCAAGGGCCACCAUGUUUACAGACAUGACCUCAGCAACAUACUUUGCAGUUGUGGUGUUCAAGUUCUUGACUCUGAUGAUCGAGGAGUGUGGGGGUGACGAGGCCUUCCUGAAGCAGUCAGUGAAAAAGACCUUCAGGAUCAGCACAGGACCCUGCUGCUGCUGCUGCCCAUGCCUGCCCAGAGUCCCCGUCACCAGGCGGAGUCUGUUCCUGCUGAAGCUGGGCUCCUUCCAGUUUGCGGUGCUGAAGAUGGUCUUCACCGUCCUCUCCAUCGUCCUGUGGACCAACGGGAACUUUGACCUCACCGAUUUGAACAUCACUGGAUCGGCGAUCUGGAUAAAUCCGUUUGUGGGCGUCCUGACCAUCAUCGCUCUGUGGCCCGUCGCCAUCAUGUUCAUGCACGUACGCAUCACACUGCGGAGUCUGAAGAUCAUCCCCAAAUACGCCAUGUACCAGCUGGUGCUUGUGCUGAGUCAACUACAGUCGGCCAUCAUCAACAUCCUGGCCAUGAACGGCACCAUCGCCUGCGCACCCCCCUACUCCUCACAGGCCAGAGGAUACCUGAUGAGCCAGCAGCUGCUGAUCCUGGAGAUGUUCAUCAUCACGCUGGUGACGCGGCUCCUCUAUCGGCGUCAGUACGAGCCUUUGCCCCUCGCCGAGGACGGCGACGAAAACGAGAAGAUGGUGUUGCCCUCGGAGACCAUUGAGAACGCAGCGUAACCUUGGAGACCAUUGAGAACGCAGCGUAACCUUGCUGGUGCGACUUGUGGGGCGUGCUGUUGUGAGCAUGCGAACCGAACUGGGACACAAUACGUAACUGGCAUCAGGAGGAAGUGACCUGUCCUGCUUUGAGGAAGAGGAGGGAAACAGACUCUCCUAUAAUUGCUGACAACAUUCUUCCUGGUUCCUUUUUCCAGAUGUGCGCUGUGCUGGUGCUUUCCUAAGGUUCUGCUGUCUCCACAAUUUGACUCUUCGCUAGGUCCCACCCAUCGAACUUAGCAAAGGGUCAAUUGACCAAGGCUAGUCAUCAAAUCUGCGCCGAUGGCUUGAGACUGACUGCACAGACAUUUCAAUGUGGAUGAAUUUAUAUGAAUAUACAAUGAUAUUACAAUUAUGACAUUUCAGUGCUCUUUUCUGUGUGAAGUCAGAGUUGAAUCUAUGCACCAGAUCAAAUGAAUAUGCAUGUAUAUGUAAUUCAUUGAAAGAUUUUUGCUAGGACACAAUAUCAUUCAUUAUAAUCGUAUUUUGAGAAAUAGUGCUUCAUCGACAAGCAUUUAGAGGACCAGCGAUAUUCUCAUGCCACAAACAAUAACAAUAAAGUAGCCUACUGUAUUGAAUCUGAUGCAUCUGCAGCUACAUUGUAAAGAUACUUUCAGUGAGAAUGUGUUUUUAAAAAACUGUAUUUUUAAUCACACAUGUUAUGACUGACCAAAUAAAUGUUACGAAGCAGUC